AUGGCGCUCGGUCGCGCUCGCUCGUUCCCCUCGUUCCCGGAAUCUCCACAGCGUAUCAUCAUUGGUCUCAUCGCGUUUCCGGGGGAUUUGGAACUUAUAUGCGUAUUUCUUGAGAUUCUGCGUAUUAACAUAGCUCUGGGAUGUCACAGUCUACUCGGGCCACAGGCAGUCGCCUGCGACGAGCGACACCCAUCAUGCCUCAAUUGCAUCAAGAAAGGGCUACAUUGUGACUUCAUUCAAACAAUCGAAAGCCCAAUAUCAACGGUUACACAUCCCGAAACACUAAAGCUCGAGCUCCUUCACCACUUUACCAUCUCCACUGCCAUCACAUUAUCUCCCGAUCUGCAGAUCCGAGACCUUUGGCGGGUCGUUAUCCCUCAAAUGGCCUUUACCACCGAUUAUCUUCUAGAUGGGAUUCUUGCCCUUGCAGCUCUCCACAUUGCACGCUAUAACAGCGGCCGGAGACACUACCUCCUCGCUUACGCCAUUGAACGCCAAUCAGCAUCUUUAUCUAGGGCUUUGCCGCUAAUACCCGGGGUGACGCCCCAAACCUGUAGCCCACUUUUUGUCUUCGGAGUAUUAAUGCUCUAUUUCAGUCUAGCACGCCCCAUCCAGGAGGAUGAUAUGCUGGUACUAGGAAACGGGGUUAUUCCCGAAUGGCUGUACCUUCUUAGGGGCAUCGAUACAGUUGUCAUGGCAGAAACUUCAAUCUUCUCUUCGCCUGUCUCCUUGAUCUUCAAGAGUACGUGGGGGAGUAUGGAUUACUGGAAGACCCAUACACCUGAAAAAUACCAGGUUCUUAUGGAGCUAGAGGAACGGUUGUGUGCUGAAGUUCAGACUGAUGAAGAACGACUGCCCACCUUGCAAAAAGCGAUCGAGGCGCUGAAACGAAGUUAUUCGUUCCUGUACAGUCCACACAUGAAAGACCAGGAUAAGUUAAGGGGGUUCUUUCAGUGGCUCUUUGAGAUAGAUGAUGCGUAUCUGGAAUUAUUGAGGAAUGGUGAUAAUGGGGCUUUGUGUGUGCUUGCUUUUUAUGCUGUGCUGGUGAAAAAUCUGGAGCGGUACUGGUGGGUUGAUGGCUGGGCGAUUCAUCUUAUUCGAGGUAUUUACAUGCUUCUGGAUGGAGAGCAUCGUCUGUGGAUUAGAUGGGCUAUAGAGGAGAUUGGAUGGGUCCCUGAGGCCUAUGCCCAUUAA